CAAAAUCCCAAUUGCUCAAUCGUACCCUCGCCUUCCACUACUCCUGAACCCCCAUUGAGAGGCGAGAAAAUAAUUACCGUGUUAACGGGACGCCCGUGGCUUCGCUGAUGCCGUACCGCCGGCGAGUUCGCUCCCUCCUAUCACUGCUUCUGCAGGUAAUAGUAGCUGCCUCGGCGACGGCGUCAUCGCUCUACAACCGCUCAUCGAACUGCACCCGACUACUCCCGGACGCAGAAAUCGUCCGCAAUGCGUUCCUGCACGUCGGGAACUUCCCCCUGCCGCGCCGGUCGGCAUGCCACCCGGUCCGGAGGCUCCGCUUCCCGUCGAGCAACCUCACGGGCGUUCUGCGGUGGGAGGAGCUCGCCAACCUUUCCAGCCUCCUAACGCUCGACCUGUCCGGCAACUCCCUCCAGCGCGAUAUCCACGCCGCGUUCUGGCGUGCGCCCUCGCUCCGUGCCGUCGAUGUCUCCGGGAACCGGCUCGGCGGCGCACUCCGGUUCGAGCCGAGUGCGCGUCUGACGUCGCUGAAUGUCGCCGGCAACCGCUUCAUCUCCGUCGACGGCGUGGACAUGCUCGCCGCCCUGGAAAAUCUUGACUUGUCCGGAAACAUCAUCGCCGCGGUGCCGGAAGGCUUGCUGCGCCUAACACGGAUUCGGCGGCUUGACUUGUCCGGGAACAUGAUGGCCGGGUUGUUCCCCGACGACUUCCCGCCGCUUGACGGCAUCGACUUCUUGAAUAUCUCGCACAACAGGUUCUCCGGCAAAGUCGACGCCCACACCGUCCGGAAGUUUGGCCUCUCUGCCUUUUCCCAAGCCGGCAACGCGUCUCUGUUUAUUGAGGAGACUGAGCCAGCGCCGGCGCUGACACCGCCAACCAGUGGCCGAAAGAAGCACAGGCGUGGGGUUCUCAUCGUCGUCGUUGUCUGCACGGUGGUGGCCGUGGCCGCUCUGGUGAUCUUUGCAGGGUGCGUCGCGUGUGGCUUCAGGCGUCGGAAGAAGGAUAAAGACGGGAAGACGGUCUCGUGGGCAGAGGAGGAGGUAGUGGUCGGGGCAGUGAAGGUGGCGGCCACGGCUCCAGUGGUUGUGCUCGAGCGGCCGCUGAUGGAUCUCACACUUGCCGACCUGGCCGCGGCCACCUCGGGUUUCGGCCGCGAGUCACAGCUCGCCGAUGUCGGCGGCCGCAGCGGCGCCGCGUACCGCGCCGUGCUCCCUGGAGAUCUGGACGUGGUCGUGCGCGUCGUGGAGGGUGGAGUGUCAGGGGUCGAGGAGGAUGACGAUGCUGCCGCCACGGCCGCUGGAUUCCGGGAGCUUGCACGGCUGAGACACCCCAACAUUCUUCCGCUCCUUGGCUACUGCAUCGCAGGAAAGGAGAAGCUCCUCCUAUACGAGUACAUGGAGAAGGGCGACCUCCAUCGUUGGCUCCACGAGCUUCCAACCGGCAGCAUGGUCGACGCCCAAGAAACAAGCAUCGACACAUCGGACAUCAAGGAGGAUAGCCAAUCCGUAUGCGACUGGCCCGCUCGGCAUCGCAUGAUACUCGGUAUCGCUCGAGGGCUCGCGUUCCUGCACCAAGGGUGGGCGGGCUCAGGGCGGCCCAUCGUGCACGGCCAUCUGGUCCCCACCAACAUACUCCUCGGCGAUGACCUAGAGCCAAGGAUCUCCGAUUUCAUGCAUCAGGUUGGCGGCGGCAACGAGACACCGGAGAGCGAUGUAUACAGCUUCGGCGUUUUGGUGUUCGAGCUCGUGACAGGGCAGUCCAAGUGGGAUGAGGCGACGGUGGCCUGGGCGCGUGGGGUGAUACGGAACAAGAAAGGAGAAAACAUCGUGGAUGCUAUGCUAAGAGAAGUGGAUGCCGGCGCCGCUGGGCAGGAGGUGAAGAGGGAGGCGGUGGAGUGCCUGCAGGUGGGGUUCCUCUGCACAGCUCCGUCGCCGCAGAAGAGGCCCAUGAUGCAGCAGGUAGUGGGGGUGCUAAAGGACAUCAGGCCGGCGCCUGCCGACUAGCACCGCAUGGACCAUGGUGCCGUGAUUGUUCUUUCGUGUGUCGUGAGACUCGUGACUAGAUGAGCUCUGUGAUUGCACAAGGCGACUAGGUGCCAAAUCCACGAAGAUUCGGAGCCCGGGUGUGUGGUGGUUCUCUAGGCCUGUAAAAUUAUGCCGCCGUGCGCUUCUUUUGGAGCCAUGCUUAAUGGUUUGUUUUGUCCCAUUUUCAUUGCUGGUGGGAGCUCACUUUAUCGGUUGAUGUAACAACUUUGUUAAAGCACUAGUGUGCUUAA